AUGCCUUCGCAAGAAAAACACACAGAUGAAGAUGUCAAUAUCCCUCAAACUUUUGAUCAAGCUAUAUUAGCUUUAGUGUUCGAGACCUUGGAAGAUGCUGAAUUCUUUUACAAUGCCUAUGCAAAAAGAGUUGGGUUUAGUAUUCGGAAGCGAGAUUGUCGAAAAUCACGUGAUGGAGAAAUGCUAAUGCAAAGAUGGGUUUGUGCAAAGGAGGGCCAUCGGCAUCAAGUGUGGUUGAACAAAUCUGAUCGUAAACGCAAGCCGCGUCGAAUAACUAGGGGAGGUUGUGAAGCAGAAUUUCGCGUGAAUUUGGAUCAUGAUACUGGGAAGUGGGUUGUGAAGAAGCUAAUAUCAACUCACAACCAUAACUUGGUUUCAUCCAAGCAGGUCCAUCUUUUGCGAUCUCACCGUGAAAUCAAAGAAAGUGAUAAAGCUUUCAUCGAGGCAUUGCAUACUAUUGGAGUAAGCCCUCGUUAUAUAACUGAAUUUUGCAAGGAGCAACAUGGAGGAUAUCAGCAUAUGGGAUUCACACCAAAGGAUAUAGAAAAUGAAGUGCAAGCUAUUCGAAAGGAAAUGGUCCAAGGCGGUGAUGCAAACACUACCAUAGGAUAUUUAGAGGGGAGGAGACAAGCAGAUCCGGAGUUUUUUUUCAAGUACACGGUGAAAGAUGAUGAUAAACUUGGACACCUGUUCUGGGCAGACUCGGUGUCAAGAUCCGAUUAUGCAUUCUUUGGGGAGGUUGUAGCAUUUGAUGCUUGCUACCGGAGACAAAAGUACAACAACCCUUUAGUCAUGCUUAUAGGAGUAAAUCAUCAUCACCAGAAUUUGCUGUUGGGAGCUGCCUUUUUGAAAGAUGAGAAGACUGAAAGUUACAUAUGGUUACUGCAGACAUUUUUAGAGUGCAUGGGAGGUAAGAAGCCAUCGUCGGUCAUUACAGAUGGGGAUAAAGCGAUGCGCCAAGCUGUAAGCCAAGUGUUUCCUAAAGCUGCCCACCGCCUUUGUUCUUGGCAUAUAGAUCGCAAUGCAGGUGAUAUGAAGCUUGGUGUCAAGUUUUUGCAAGGACUGAAUUAUCUUAUGAAAAAUAGAAUGUCGAUCAAGGAAUUUGAGGAAAAAUGGCAGCGGUUAGUGACGGAAACUAACUUAGACCAACAUUCUUGGGUGAAAGGUUUAUAUGGAGAUCGUCAUAUGUGGUGCGAAGCUUAUCUGAAAGGAAAUUUUUUUGGAGGCAUGACCACUACCUCCCGCUGUGAAGGAAUGAAUAGCACGAGUAAUCGGUACGUUAACCAGAACUUGAAGUUAUUUGAAUUUGUGAAAAGAUAUGAGAGGAUGGUUGAUAAGUUACGCUUCAACGAGUCAAAGGCUGACUUCAUAGCAUUUCAUUCGAGGAUGGUGUGCUCUCAUGUCCUUCUUAACUAUGAGCAGCAAGCCGAAGAGUUGUAUACUCCAACCAUUUUUGAACUUUUCAGAGAGGAACUUAGGUUUGAAACUAGCUAUCUGUUAUCUGAACCUAUGACACAAGAGGGGGAUAUUGAGAUUUUCAAACUCCACCAGUGGUCAAAGCCUAGUCGGAUAAGAACUGUGGAGUACAAUACCAUAAAAGACACAAUUAAAUGCUCGUGUUCGUUGUUGGAGUCAAUAGGUAUUCCAUGUCGGCAUAUUCUGAAUGUUAUCAAGUUGAGAAAAAUGCCUCGAAUUCCUCAAUCGUGCUUUAUCUCGCGGUGGACAAAGAAGGCAAAAGGUUUGGGUUCGAAAGAUGCAAUCACGAGUUUGAUUGACAGUAAGCUUGUUGAAACUAUGCGCCAUGGGGCUUUAGUUGCUAAGGGUUAUAAAAUUUUUCAGCUGGGUUCCAAAUCAGGAGGGUGUUUCGAUAAAGCUUCAGAAGAGCUAACUCGACUAUCAACAUCGCUUGAGAAACUCAGUGACCAAAACAAGCCUUGCCCUGUGAAAAGAAAAUAUGGGGAUGUGGGAGACCCAGACAUAGUGAAAACGAAAGGAACCAUGAUAAUCAAUUCCAGUGCUACCUUGGUUAUUCCAAAAUUUAGUGAGAAACCUGUCAGAAAUCUGACCUAUUUAAUCAGUAACCAUGAUAAUCAAUUCAAUCCUUUCAAGUACAUCCCAACUAAUAAAAGUAACCAUGAUAAUCAAUUCAAUCCUUUCAAGUACAUCCCAACUAAUAAAAAUAUUUAG